UCAUUCAUAUCAGCGGGGGUUCACGGUAUAUACAACAUUUUCCUCUGCAAGGGCUGGCAGUUUUUGUACACUGAUGUAGAGUUAUUAAUAAAUGCCGCCGCCUACGGUACUAGACGCACGCAUACAUUGCUAUCGAUGGCCUCAUUGAUAAAAAGAUGACCAGUGAUCCGGAAAGUAACACCACCGAAUUGAGCCAUCACAUCCGAUACCAGUACUGCCAUAAUCGGCCACCGUAUCGUAAAUCGAAGAAGCCGACUGCCGUAAAGGUCUACUCAGUGGCGAACGAAUCCCGGCAUUUACUCGUCUUUGGUGUUCCCCAGAUUAACUUGCUCCGAGAGUUAAAGGCUGAAUUUCGCCGUCACGGUACGGUUCAGUGCGUAAUUAAUAUUACGGACAGCAUUAAGGCUAGCGGAAGUUUGCAAGUUGAGGCUUUCACCGACGUUUUCCAUGUAAAAUUUGAGAAACUAGAAAAAGCUCGUCAAGCUAAAAAAGCUUUGGAUGCUAGGAACUUCUACGGCGGAAUACUGCAUAUUUCAUAUGCUCCGGAAAAGGAAUCCUUACAGGAGUUGCAAGAAAAAUUGUCUCAACGGAGAAAAGAAGUAAAUUUUAGGAUUCAAAAGAAUCGGCUGAGUGAACAGAAAAAUUCGGAAAGUGAUCGAGUAAGAAAGUUAGAGGAAGAGGACCUAAUUGAAACGACUACAAAGAAACGCAUGAAAUUGUGAACGUGCAUUCAACACUUUUGGUUGCACUGCUGCAAAACAAUAGAAAUUCUGUAACUGCCAUCAGCAGAAAGAAAACUUUAUCUCUUACGCAUUGUCAAAUUGCAUGUUGAUUGACUGAUUUCU